UGCAACUGCAACUACUCAUCCACCCGGCUCACCGGCGGCCGCCGCGACAGCAAGAUGCCCCGCAAGCCCAAGCGGAAGCAUCCGUCCUCGCCGGCGAGGCGCGACCCUUCGCCGGGACCCUACCCUUCUCACGCAUCACCCUCCCCGGCGCAAUGCCUCGCCGUCCGCGACGCCCUCCUCGCCUUCCAUGGCUUCCCCGAGGAGUUCGCGCCCUUCCGCCUCCUCCGUCUCGGCCGCUCGCCGGAGGAUGAUAACUGUGACCCUCCGCCUCCGACUCUGACUCCGACCGUCCUCGACGGGCUCGUCACCACCCUGCUCUCCCAGAACACCACCGACGCCAUCUCCCGCCGCGCCUUCGCCUCCCUCAAGGCCGCCUUCCCCUCCUGGGACCAGGUGGUGGAUGAGGAGGGGAAGCGGCUGGAGGACGCCAUCCGGUGCGGCGGCCUAGCAGCGACGAAGGCGGCGAGGAUACGGGCGAUGCUGAGGGGCGUGAGGGAGCGGAGAGGUAAGAUUUGCCUCGAGUACCUGCGGGAGCUGUCCGUGGAUGAGGUGAAGAGGGAGCUCUCGCAGUUCAAAGGGAUCGGGCCAAAGACCGUGGCAUGUGUGCUGAUGUUCUAUCUUCAGAAGGAUGACUUUCCAGUAGAUACUCAUGUAAUCCGCAUUACGAAAGCUAUGGGUUGGGUUCCUUCAACAGCUAGCCGGGAGAAGGCGUACAUUCAUCUAAAUAAUAAGAUUCCUGAUGAUCUGAAGUUUGAUUUGAAUUGUCUUUUUGUAACUCAUGGGAAGCUUUGCCAAUCAUGUACCAAAAAGGUGGGAGCCGAGAAAAGCGAGGGCCCCAAAUCUGUCUGUCCUCUAGCAAGUUACUGCUGUGUUGGAGAAAAGCUUCAGCAAUAGUUUAAGUGUAGGCAUCAUUAAUGGCUAUUGCUGUCUUGGGAACAGGUUCUAGAAUCUCCCAACAGCGCUAGUGGUAAAAGGAUUUGUGUGCCAUAUAGUUUUUAUCAGCAAAUCGCAGGUUCAGUGAGAAGCAGUAUGGAUGGCUUCGUUCUGAUCUUUCAGGUUUCGUGAUUGGGGAGCUUCCAGCUCUAUGAUGUCAGGCUGCAUCCCUGCACGUAAACUCAAUACUACGUACUAGAGAAGUUUCAAAUGAGAAGCAGAAGGAUGAGACUGAUGACUUACCAAAAGAUAUCCCAUUGAUUACAGCGUGAAGAAAAACGAUGAACAGCAUUUGCCACUCAGCACACCAACCGACCCAUUGUAUGCACAUGGUACCCUCAACUUUUCCAUGUAUGCGACGCAGUCUCUAGUGGCCUGUGGUUUUCAGAGCAAGCAGUAGCUGGCUGUGUUCAAAAGGUCCUGCUGUGUUUGAUUCAUCCAAUAUUUUCAGUCUCCGUGAGUGAAAGCUCAGCUGGAUGCGGCCAUUCUACCUGCUUGAAAAGGAUGUCUUGGAGUUCUGGAUGGGCAAGAGGUGGACCUUUAAGGGCAUAAUGCUUUGAAGCAGAGCAAUGUGCCAUACCAUGCUGCCAUAGUGCGAUGUGAUGUGUGCGACUAGGCUGCUUGCUUCAUGCUCACAUGAUGUUAGCUAAUGGCAUCAUCGCCUGCGAGUUUGAUUAUGUUGUAGUGCACUCUUACAGGUUAAUCUAGUAAUUUUUUUUUCUUGAGAUCGUUUAAUCUAGUAAUAUGGGAGCCUUUUGUUGCUGGGAACAUCUGGUGUGAAUGUUGAACUCCUUUUGACCUUCCUCUUAGAAGUAACCACCACUUUGGAGUUGCA